AUGCUAACGUACGUGAGCGGGGACAUCUGGUCCCCUGCUCUGAGGGCCCUGGCUUGGUGGUGGCAGAGGGGGGCGGAGAGGAAGGCUAGCGCCCUGUCUUCCACUGCAAGCCCCAGCUCCCCCGCCUCGCCCCCUUCCACCACUACCCCUGCCCCCUGGAAGCCUCCAGGCCCCUUUGAGAUCCAAUACCCGCGCGAGUACCACUUUAUCCUGGACGAGCCGGAGAAGUGCCAGGACCAUCAGCCAUUCCUGGUGCUGGUGGUACCGGUGGGUCCCCACAAUCGGGCCGCCCGGGACGCCAUCCGCAGGACCUGGGGGAACGAGAGCCUGAUGCCGGGCAUAGUCAUCCGGCGCCUCUUCCUCCUUGGGCUCCCGGGCGGGCCGGGGACGGGGCCGGGGGCGGAGCAGGGGGCGGGGCUGGAGGAAGAGCUCCGCAGGGAAAGCAUGGAGCACAGCGACCUGCUACAGUGUGACUUCCUGGACAGCUACCGCAACCUGACCAUCAAGACCAUGAUGAUGCUGGAGUGGCUGGCCUCCCGCUGCCCCGCGGCUGCCUACGCCGUCAAGGUGGACACUGACGUCUUCCUCAACGUGCAGCUGCUGGUGAGCAGGUUGCUGGACCCCCGGACGGCACAGCCCCGACGCGACUACCUCACGGGGGCGGUGAUCAGAGGAGGGAUCGUGCGGCGGGACAAGGCCUCCAAGUGGUACAUGCCCGAGGAGGUGUACCCCGGGCCCACGUAUCCGCUCUAUGUGUCGGGCAACGCCUACGUCUUCUCUAUGGACCUGCCCAGGAAGAUCCUGGAGGCUUCCAGAAGCGUGCAGCCGGUCCACCUGGAGGACGUCUACCUGGGCAUGUGCCUGCAGCGCCUGGGUGUCAUGCCUGCUGCCCCGCCCGGGCCCUUCCUGCUGACGCCCGUCCCGUACGAGCGCUGCAGGUUCGCCGGGACCAUCUCCGUGUCAAGUGUCAGCCUGGGGGAGCUGCUCGGGUACUGGGCUGACUUCCAAAAAGCGGGACCCCCCUGCCCCUGA